AUUCUGCACAUGCACAUCGCUAACAUUGAAAAAUUGCCAUUAAGCACAACUGGUUCGCCUUUGUUGAUACGGUGUAAAACGUUUCUAUCUGUAACAUUUGUCAUUCCAAAGGAUUCAGAAUGUCACGAUGUAUACACAUCAUUAACAAAACUUUUUCAACCAGUUUCCAUUAAUAAGCUUUAUUGCUUCAACUAUCAGCCCGCCAAGGAUGAUUUGCCGAAGACGUCAGGUUGGGAUUUCUUCAAAUUGGAAAACGAAUUCAAACGUAUGCGGGUACCGAAUGACAUCUGGACUUUGUGCACCUUGAAUUCCAAUUAUGAAUUGUGUGACACUUAUCCACGACAAAUUUAUGUGCCACAAGAGGCUAAUACGGCUAUGUUGAUUGGAAGUUCGCGAUUUCGUUCCAAGGGACGUUUGCCUGCUUUGACCUAUUUGCACUCGAAUAAGGCCUCAAUUUGCCGAUGCAGCCAACCGUUAUCGGGUUUCAGUGCACGUUGCUUGGAGGACGAGCAAAUGUUGGAGGCAAUAAGAAAAACUAAUCCAAACACGGAUUAUAUGUAUGUCGUGGAUACCAGACCUAGGAUAAAUGCAAUGGCAAAUCGUGCUGCAGGCAAAGGAUACGAAAAUGAGGCAUUUUAUGAGAAUAUCAAAUUCCAUUUCUUGGGCAUUGAAAACAUACACGUGCAACGCACCAGUUUACAGAAACUAAUAGAGGCUUGCGAAAAGGCACCAACAAUGAGUGGGUUUCUUAAUUCACUAGAAUCAUCUGGUUGGCUGAAACAUAUACGCUCAAUAUUGGAUACAUCAAGUUUUAUAGCGAAUGCCGUUGAUAAAGGUGUUUCAGUAGUUGUGCAUUGCUCAGAUGGUUGGGAUCGAACCGCACAAGUGUCAUCUUUGGCUGCUUUAAUGUUGGAUCCAUACUAUAGAACUAUUAAAGGAUUUCAGGCUCUUAUCGAGAAGGAUUGGUUAGCAUUUGGUCAUAAAUUCAGUGAUCGUUGUGGUCACAUACAAACAGAUCUACGUGAAGUUUCUCCUAUAUUCACACAAUUUUUAGAUUGUACCUGGCAAUUAAUGUAUCAGCGCAGUGAUGCUUUUGAGUUUAAUGAGCGUUUUCUUCUAAUCUUGCAUGAUCAUGUGCAUUCAUGUCAAUUCGGUACUUUCGUUGGAAAUUGCGAAAAAGAUCGUUUGGAUCUUAAACUAUCAGAGCGCACAUUCUCCUUAUGGGGUUUCAUGGCGAAUCAUUUAAAUGAAUACAUCAAUCCAUUAUACAAACCUGAUGUUGAUGAAACAAUCAAAGCAAAUCUAGCACCACAAUGCAUAAAAUUCUGGCGCGGCAUGUACAGUCGUUUUGAAAGUGGUGUACAUCCGCGUGAACCUCUUUCCGAUUUAUUGCUAGCAAGCAAGGACCAUUGCACUUCAUUAGAAGACCAUGUGCAGCAUUUAACAAAGCGUAUAACAAGUUUUAAAAAUUAUAUAUCAAAAUCGGCUAAAAAGUUGCAGGAUGCCACAACAAAAUCUUCAAAAACCGAGUCUGCAGUUACUGAAAUCAAUGACAACAAAUAUAAUUACGAUAAGAAAAUGAGUGAACUCUCUUCUGCUGAUGACGAUCAUCCUUUAAAAUCAAACGAUUUGUCUUUUGCCAGCUUAUCGCUGACAGAGCAUAUUGAUCCGAAUAAUAUAACAGAGGAGUUAAAUUCUGUAGCAGUUGAUUGGAAAUCGAUGCGAAAUGUAACUGCUUGCUCAUGUUCAACACCCUUUGACCAAUUUAGCAAGAAGACCCACUGUUGGAAAUGUGGAGAAAUAUUUUGUGAACGUUGUAUCGUCAAAAAUAUACCAUUACCGGGUUUGGAUAGCGGUAAGCCCGCACCAGUUUGUCGCACGUGCUUUCGUCUAGUACAAAAGAUCAGCCCAUAAAUAUAUAAUGAGACACAAAACUUUAUUAAACCAUAAUUCCUGUACUUGUUGUACACAAGGUGAAGUGAGGAGUGAGUUGCCGCUUUAACUAUACGGAAUGUUGAGUUAUUUAUAUAUCAAAUGCUAUUUAGUAUGUUUGAUUGGAUAUGAGCGAUUGUGCGUGUAUGUGAUUAGGCUUAAAAAUUGAAAUCAGAAUUACUGUUGCAUUUCCUUUAAAAUUUGUUUAAAAA